UGUAUGAAAGCGUGACGAAGUUUGUUGCUUUUUAUCACUUAUCUAAAGUUCAGCCAUGCCAAUAUGUGGCAUAUUUGGAUGUACCAAUAGACCGAGUUCACAGAAAGAUGUUAGUUUCCAUAAAGUACCAACAAUCAUCAAAGGGCAAGGCGAGGAUACGCAAAAGUUGUCUGAGGAAAGGCGACGGUUAUGGAAGGAGGCGAUAAACAGGAAGGAUAUCACAUCGGAGGAGAAAUGGGAUCGAACCAUUGUUUGCUCAAAGCACUUUGUAGGAGGUAUCAAAGCCUAUCUGCAUGACAGUACCAGUCCAUCCUGGCUUCCAACAUUAUAUUUACGACAUUCAGCACGUAUUCGAAAAUCAGCCACCAGUAGAUAUAGGCGUGCCAGUCAGAGUGGGAAAAAAAGAAAAGGGAAUAACAACAUGAAGGGUGUUGAACUGGCUGGCCUCAGUGGUUUACAAGUGAUGAUGGAGAGCAGUGAUAUCUGUACAGUGUCAGGGCAGCACAAUGGUGUCAAGGUUGAAACAGGUGAGGAAGCUGACAUGUUUUCCUAUGAUGGGACUGGCAGCAGUAACCAGCCAUUUGGCAUGGAGUCUGAAGAGGAUAUUGAAGAAAAAAACAAGAUAUCUAGUCCAAAAGAAACGUUCCAGUGCCCAGAUUGUGGGUCCCAUUACAAGACCAAGUCCAUACUGAACAGACACAGGAGAACACACUCAGGCCUUUUCCCACUUUAUUGUCAAGACUGUGGAAUGGGCUUUCACCACCAGACUAAGUUUCGGAAUCACUUGAGGGCAGCCCAUGGCAGCCCUAAACCCAUGUGCAAGAUUUGUAACAAGAAAAUGUCAACCAGGAAAGGCAUGAAAAAACAUUCAAAGGUGCGAAUGCGAGGUUCAGAAGUGGAGGAUGUUCAGUGUCAUAACUGCAACAAGAAUUUCCCCACGUUGAGGCUGAGGGAACAUUUAAAACGUGCCCACUUGAAGAACCACACGCGCAACGCGUGUCACAGAUCUUUUGGGUCUGCCAAUAUGCUGAAGAAUCGCACAAAUAUUCACAGUGGGCAGGUGUACAUGUACAAGUGUGGUUUGUGCCAAUUUGAGACCAAACACUCUUCUUCUCUGGCAAGGCAUCGCAGAAACCAUGAAAAAUCUCUCAGUGAAAAGCAACCAUACAAAUGCAGAUUCUGUGAUAUGAGAUUUUCUCACAGCAGCAGGUGCUUGAAACAUGAAAGGGAUCACACUGGAGAGAAACCCUACAAAUGCCAGUACUGUGUCAAACAGUUUAAUGGCAUGAACAAACAACUAAUCCAUGAAAGGACUCACACAGGAGAGAAACCUUUUAAAUGCCUGUACUGUAGUAAGGAAUUUUCCUCUAAGUACAACUGUAUUACUCAUGAAAGGACUCACAUUGGGAAAAAACCAUUCAAAUGCCAGUAUUGUGAAAGGAAAUUUAGUUUAAAACAGCAGUGUGUACGGCAUGAAAUGACUCACACUGGAGAAAAACCAUUCAAAUGCCAGUAUUGUGAAAAGAGUUUUACUCUAAAUUAUCAUUGCAUGCGACACAAAAGGACUCACACUGGUGAAAAGCCAUAUAAAUGCCAGUACUGUGAAAAGGGUUUCUUCAUCAAAAAAUAUUGUAAACAGCAUGAAAUGUGUCACACUGGAGAGAAAAUUGCCAAACAUCAGUUGCAUGAAGAGAAAUUUUAUGUCAAAUAUGAUCAUGUGCAGAAGGAGUGGAUCCAAGCUUCAAAAAAUCCACACGAGUGGAAGAGCCCUCAUGUCAUCAGGAAAAAUCUUUUAAACGAGCAUAAUUACACUGCACUAGAGAUGACAAAGAAUCAUUGUAAAUAUAAUCAAGAGGAGCCUGCUUUAAUGCAGGACGAAACAGGGAGUUCCAUUCAGUCUCUCAAGAUGGAAUUUCAAGAUGAAGAUUCUGGGACUGAAAUUUCUCCUAAAUUUAUCAAAAAAGAAUUUCAAGAUGGAGAUCCUGGGACUGAAGUUCCACCUAAAUUUAUCAAAAAGGAAUUUCAAGUUGAAGAUAUUGCACCUGAGACAAAGGAAAAUAUUACUGUCAAAAAGGAGUUUCAGGAAAGCUGUGCUUUAGAGGAGCAACCUGACAUAUACCCUGUUGCAAUGUUUAGAAAUGUUUUUGCUGAUGCUGAUGUAUAAUGGCUAUUAAUUUAUAAAAUGAUACCUUACAACUUUGUGAUAUUCUUAUUACUAUAUAGUUACAUAAGUCUUAUCAAACAAAGAAAUGGGGAUAUCUGUUACAGUAUUAAUUUAAAGAGAAACGUUUCUUAGACAAUAACUACCCAUUAUGCAUUUCUUGAGUAUUUUACAAAAUAUUAUAUAAAAACAUAAAUAUAAGCUAUUCACAGGAUUUAGAAUGUUCACUCUUACUAUGUAAAGCAGACCAGAGAGGUAAUUUAAGAUUACUAGGUGUGCUAUAGAUGCAGUUUGCGCCGUUACAUGCCAUUUUUCUGUUAUCAGUCUUUCUGAAAAUAAACAAAUGUCAUUUUAUUGUCGUAUUUGAAUUUCAUUUGAUAUUCUCCGAAUAACAAGUUUAGUCAGUAAUAGUAAAUUAAUGAUGCUAGAAAAAGAUAGUCAUUGUUUAUUUAUGUCAGUUUAUAAUUGCUAUUGUGGGUAGUGGUGAAACAAUUAAAUUCCAGAUGAAGUUCAUUGAAGGGAUACAAGGAUGAGUGAGUUUAUAUGUUUAAGCCACCCAAACAUGAUGCAUCUUAAUUAAAUCUGUGAAAGAAACUUAAUAAGGGGCACAUAGCAAUAAUUACAGGAAAAAAAUGAUGUCAUUUGCUUUAAUGUCUGCUUUACUUUUACUCAAUCAGAAAUAAUUUAUUAUAGCACUGGUAACUAUAACCAAGGUAAAUUUUGGAAUAAUAGAAGUGCUAUUGACAGCUGUGGAGUCAUGUGCAAACUUAUGUAUUUAUAAUAUUUUUGAUAUUUAUAAAAAUAUUAUUAUUAUUAUAAGUUAUAUUUGCUUACAUA